AUGGCCAGCCACACAGUAUAUAAGUACUGGUUUCUCCAUUGCCACGAAGUAAACACUCCAAAAAGGAAAAGGAGAGGCGGAGCCAGGCGUGGUGGUGAAAGCCGUGACCAAGGCUUUGCCGUCGGGAGGACCGAGUGGCGGUGGUCGGCGUCCCCACCGGCCAGGGUGGGAUGCAAAGCUUCCGGGAGCGCUGAGAGGAGGCGGGGACGGGCCCAGGCCCCGGAAGCCGAAGCAGCGGCGGCUACGCGCAGUCGGCUGCAGGCUCCGGAGUGGGGCGGCACCCGGCCGGGCAGGCGGCGGCGGCGGCGGCGGCUGCGGCAAGCUCGGCUCCGAGGUGGGGCGGAGGCCGGGCGCCGGGCCGCGGCCAUGGCCCAGUGCGUGCAGUCGGUGCAGGAGCUCAUCCCCGACUCCUUCGUUCCCUGCGUCGCCGCGCUGUGCAGCGACGAAGCCGAGCGGCUCACCCGCCUCAACCACCUCAGCUUCGCCGAACUGCUCAAGCCCUUCUCCCGCCUCACUUCCGAAGUUCACAUGAGAGAUCCUAAUAAUCAACUGCAUAUAAUUAAAAAUUUGAAGAUAGCAGUAAGCAACAUUGUCACCCAGCCACCUCAGCCGGGAGCCAUUGGGAAGCUUUUGAAUGAUGUCGUUUCUUGCAGCCAGCCUGCAGAAGGAUCAGUGGCUAAUGUGAUUACAGCGGGGGAUUAUGACCUUAACAUCAGUGAUCGGUCAAUUAAAGCUAGUGUUCCUUGGUACAGUAAUUGGAAAGACACUUUCAUGGAAUUGAAAGAAUCCUCGUUAUAUACAGAUUCUAUGUUACCUGUCCUCGGUCCACUUGGAAUCUCUUGAGAGAGCCGAGUCCUGUGUGUUCCUAGGCCCUGCCACAGGGACCUGGACGCCCUGCCUGUUGAGGCAAGGUUGUGGAUGUCCCGGGCCUUAUGGUCCCUGCUUCGCAUGAUGUGGGGCAGCAUCCAUCUGAACGCUCAUCACUACCAAGGCCAAGGUUUUGGAAGGAAGUCCUUCUUCUCCCAUCUUAGUAUUAGACCAUCGGAUUUGGGACACGGGACUAAGGCCGCUGACUCUGCAUCCCUUCCAAGCAUACACAGCAGCCUGCCCUUUUGCCUUG